GGUUUUAUUGACAUGGUUGUAAAAGCAGCGAUAGAAUUUCUUAGGAAAGCUGAUGUUAUAAAGGAACAACUAACAAAAUUUGAGCCUAAAGAUUUUGCAACUUUGAAUGUUAUUGCUUUGCUAAAAGAGCUUCAGCAUAUUUAUCGUCAUAUAUUCGUUAUUGACAUUAACUAUGCACUCACUAAUAAAAUUGAUCAAGAUUUAUGGAAUAUUGGGUUCAAACUUUGUAUUUCAUCUUUGCAAGAUCUGAUAAAAAAUAAGGAGUACAAUGUCACACAAAAGUCUGAGUUUUCUGCUGUAUUAUCGUGGUAUUUAUCUGGUGCAUCAGGAUUUUACAUAAAUUUACUGAAUUCUACUUGGGGUGCUCAUAAAGAUGUGUUGCAAAUCAGUACGGAUUUAAGCUUUGUAGGACAAUACUGCCUUGUUCAUCUUGGAGAUCUGGCUAGAUAUCAAGGACAUAAAGAACAGGCGCAAAAUUUUUAUGAGCAAGCAAUCAAAGUAGCACCAGCUUUUGGUCAUGCAUACAACCAAUUAGCUCUUUUGGAACCCAAAUCAUCUUCAAUGGAUGCGCUUAAGAUUUGCUCUUUGUAUUGUCGAGCAAAUUCAUGUGUGCAAUCUUUUAUGCCGGCGCAUAAUAAUUUGAUGAGAUUAUUGGAAGAAUAUAAAACAUUUGAAUGCAGCAAAAUUUCUACUCUAGAAGACUAUAUAAGCGCUUUUUUAAAACAGAUGUAUUAUGUUUUGAAUAAUUCAAUUUAUGACAUGAAAAUUGAAUGCCCUGUAACGAAUCAACUGAAUAAUAAAAAGUGUAUUGAGGCGUUCAUACUUGUUACAUAUUCCUAUUCAAAAAUUAUUGAUGCAGUAUGCAAGGAAUCAGAAUUAUCAAAAGAUGAGGAAAUUUUGAAACAAAUUAUUCUAACACACUACACACAUUUAUUUUAUCUGUUGGAAAAAACUGAUGAAUCGUAUAAAACAGCUUACUUGUUUCUGUCAUGGAUUAUGAGGAAAGAGCAUCUGAUUGGUGAAACUAUUUUUAAAAAAUCAUUUAAAAUGUUGGAAAAUCAUUUUAUAUUAUUAACAAGCAAUGUAAUUGAAAGUGAUUCUGGAAUAGAUGAUAGUGAUGGUAUACUUGAUGAAGAAUUGGAAUUGACAAAUUAUAUACCCUUUGGUUUGACUCAAAAUAAAGAAAUUUUGUCAGAUUUUACUCAAGAUGAGGUUUGCGGUGAAAGAGUCUUGAAAUGGACUAAGCUUAUAUUGGAAAAAAUUUCAAAAAGUGCUGAUGUAUUUGAAAAUACUUCAAAUGCAACAAAUAAUGAUGAAAAGGCUGCUAUAGUGAGAAUGAUUCAACCGGGCUCUGCUAAAUCUAAACCAAAAAGAGCUAGAACUAAUGUUGCAUUGCAAACAAUUCUUCAAAUGAAACAUAACUUAGACUUGAAAGAAGAAUACGAUUCAAACAAUGAACGAGAAGACAAGGCUAUGAAGUCUUUGUAUAGCCUUCCAAUAGAAUCACCUACGGUUUUAUCUACAGAUUGGAUAGAUGAAAACAGUAAAAGUAUGCAAGAUAUUGAUUUAAAUCAAUCAACAUCAAUUUAUAGCAAUUUUAGCUUUCUUGAGGAAAACGGUUUAAAUUAUACAUCUCUCUUAUCUGGUAUGAAUGGCACUUCAAGUCUGUGGGGUAAUGGUGGCGGAUAUUCACUAUUUAGUGGUCAUUCGCCAUUGGCAAAAUUGUUAGAGGAUCAAAAGACAAAAUAUGAUACCAAUGUCAUAAAAUAGGAUCUAUAUUGGAAUAUUCUGGUUGGAACAUGAAGUUGUAGAAUUGCUUGCAGCAGGUCUUGAGAGUCCUAUUAAGCAGCUAUAAGAUGACAAUGGUGAAAGUAAGCAUUUUUUAAAGAAAAUCGUCGUUAUAGACCACAAGUUAUUAGUAAUGAAUCGCAAGGAUUUGAUAUUAUAAAAUAUAAAAGUAAAGGAAAUAGUAUAAUUUUAUAUUUUAUAAAUUCAUUAAUUGCAUUUGUUAAAAGGUAUAGUUGCAAAUGCUAUAAAGGUUAGAAAAAAUUAAAUCAUAAUUGUAUAAACUAUGAAAA